AUGGGCUUUUCAAAGCGAAAGUUCUCGGACUUCAAGACGGAACCUGUGGAGGGCGGCGAGACCGAAGCGCGCGACAACGAUGGGUUCAAACGACAGAAGAGCAAACAUGUGAAGAAGGUCAAAGCCAAACCCGACAAUCUCAACUGGGUGAAGAAGCGAGCGAGAACCAUAGAGCGGCGGUUCCGAACCGGGCAGAACCUCCCGGCGGACGCGAAGAAUGACAUGGAGCGAGAACUGGUCCACCACAAGCAGAAGAUUGCCGAGGCCGAGGAGGAGAAGAAGACCAAGCAGAUGAUCAAGAAAUACCACAUGGUCCGCUUUUUCGAGAGAAAGAAGGCCGAUCGACUGGCCAAGCAAAUCGAAAAGCAGAUUGAGCAAUCGAAGGACCCCGAGGAGAUCAAGAAGUUGAAGGACGAUCUACACAUAGCGCAGAUCGAUAGUCUCUACGCCAAGUUCUUUCCAUACCGCGAGCGAUAUGUCAGUCUUUAUCCCGUGGCGGCGACUCAAGGUGGCGAGGAGGCAGAGACCGCAAGCUCUGCCGCGAAGGCCCUCAAGACCGACAGACCAAAGCUCUGGGCAACUGUAGAGAAACUGUCCAAGAAGGGCGUCCCGGCACUUAUCGAGUUCAGGGAUCGCAAACUGGGAAGCGAUUCCCGAAGCAAGGCACCCAAGGAACGACCCUCGAAACACUCGUUUGCGGCCAAGGCCGAGGCCUUGAAGGCCAAGAGCUCUCUCAUCGCUGGACCCUCCACCACCAAGGCCGGCGAAGGGAGAAUGGCGCUCAAAAACCCAAAGAACUCAAAGCGUGCAGCUGAGUCAUCCGAUGAUAACGAUAGCGACAGCGACGGCGGGUUCUUUGAGGCGGACGAUGAAUGA